CCUCCUCCUGGGGGCCGGCCCAGAGAUUCCCUGAAAAGUGGCCGGACUCUUAGAGGCAGAGGCAACUUGGGCCACGGAGGAGACUUCGGCGACCGAGGAAAAUGGCUGAGUACUUGAGGCUGCCCCACUCCCUGGCGCACAUCCGCCUGCGAAACCCGCCUGUCAACGCAGUCAGUUCGAAUGUACUCCGUGCAAUAAAAGAUGGACUACAGAAAGCUAUGUCAGACCAUACGAUAAAAGCCAUUGUGAUUUCUGGAUCAGACGGCAAAUUCUCUGCAGGUGCUGAUAUCCAUGGCUUCAGCAAUCCUGGCUACUCUGGCAUCAGAUUGGGAAGUAUAGUAGAUGAACUACAGAGAAAUAAGAAGCCUGUGGUGGCAGCUAUUGAAGGCGUGGCUUUAGGAGGGGGACUGGAGCUGGCUUUGGGCUGUCACUAUAGAGUUGCACAUGCAGAGACUGCGAUUGGUUUCCCAGAAGUCACUCUGGGAAUCCUUCCUGGUGCAAGAGGAACCCAGCUUCUUCCCAGACUUAUUGGACUUCCUGCUGCACUUGACUUGAUAACCUCAGGAAGGCAUAUUUUGGCAGGUGAAGCACUCAAGAUGGGGAUUGUGGAUAAAGUUGUGAACUUAGAUGUGCUUGAAGAAGCAAUCAAAUUUGCUCAGCAAAUUGUUGAUAAACCUCUGGAACCACGCAGAAUCUUGAACAAGACAGUUCCGAGCUUGCCCAACAUGGACGCCAUUUUCAGUGAGGCCUUUGCCAAGAUGCGAAAGCAGUACCCUGGUGUUCUUGCUCCAGAGACAUGUGUCCGUUCAGUGCAGGCCUCUGUGAAGUAUCCCUAUGAAGUAGGCAUCAAGGAGGAGGAGAAACUGUUUUGGUACCUUCGGGAAUCAGGGCAAGCUAGAGCCCUGCAGUAUGCUUUCUUUGCAGAAAGGAAUGUAAAUAAGUGGUCAAGUCCCUCUGGGGCAUCCUGGAAAACAGCUUCAGGGAGACCCAUCUCUUCAGUUGGUAUUCUUGGUUUGGGAACAAUGGGCCGAGGCAUUGCCAUUUCCUUUGCAAUGGCCAGGAUCCCUGUGAUUGCUGUAGAAGCAGACCAAAAGCAACUAGAGGCUGCAAAGAAGGCAAUAGCUUCCAUCUUGGAAAAGCAAGCAUCCAAAACGCAACACAGUGGCAAAUCUUGGUCAGCACCCAAACUCAACUUUGCUUCCUCUAUAAAGGAGCUGGCUGGUGUGGAUUUAGUCGUGGAGGCAGUAUUUGAGGACAUGAACCUGAAGAAGCAGGUCUUUGCGGAACUGUCAGCUGUGUGCAAGCCUGAAGCAUUUCUGUGCACCAAUACUUCAGCCCUGGAUGUGGACGAGAUUGCUUCUGCCACAGAUCGUCCACAGUUGGUGAUUGGCACCCACUUCUUCUCACCAGCUCAUAUUAUGAGGUUGUUGGAGGUUAUUCCCAGUCGCUACUCUUCCCCCACUACCAUUGCCACUGUUAUGGAUCUAUCAAAGAAGAUUAAGAAGAUCGGGGUAGUUGUAGGCAACUGUCCUGGUUUUGUUGGGAACAGAAUGUUGGCUCCAUACUACAGCCAGACAUAUUUCUUGUUAGAAGAAGGAAGUAAGCCAGAGGACAUAGAUGGGGUGCUGGAAGGGUUUGGUUUUAAAAUGGGGCCCUUCAGAGUGUCUGAUCUUGCGGGGUUGGAUGUGGGCUGGAAAGUUCGCAAAGAACAAGGGCUCACUGGACCUGCAUUGCCUCCAGGGACCCCUGCCCGCAAGAGGGGCAAUGCAAGAUACUGCCCAAUUGCUGAUAUGCUGUGUGAAUCAGGAAGAUUUGGCCGGAAGACAGGCAAGGGCUGGUAUCUCUAUGACAAGCCACUAGGUAGGAUUCGUAAACCUGAUCCCUGGCUUUCCAAGUUUCUGUCUCAGUACAGAGAAACCUAUCACAUUGAGCCACGUGUGAUUAGGCAGGACGAGAUCCUUGAGCGCUGCUUGUAUGUGCUGAUCAAUGAAGCCUUCCGUAUCUUGGGAGAAGGCAUGGCUGCCAGCCCAGAGCACAUCGAUGUUAUCUACUUGCAUGGGUAUGGGUGGCCAAGGCACCGGGGUGGACCCAUGUACUAUGCUUCCACGGUGGGACUGCCCACAGUUCUAGAGAAGUUGCAGAAGUAUCACAGGCAGAACCCUGAUAUUCCCCAGCUGGAGCCCAGCGACUACCUAAGAAAGCUGGCUGCCCAGGGAAACCCUCCUCUGAAAGAAUGGCAAAGCUUAGCAGGGCCUCCCAGCAGCAAACUGUGAUUGAGCCAGUGGUUUGCGCUCACAUGCUGGCUUCCAGGAAAACUCAGUUUCUGUGAGAUGAAAUCUCAGGAUCCAAAGUAAGAAUGCUCUGAAAUAUGAAGAUAAUCAGCAAUAAUAAUAUAAUCAUUCAUUAAAGCUCCUUUGGAUGUCUUCCUGAUGAUUAUGGUGGGUACAAUGUUAUGAAAUGUGCUUCCUAUCCUCUUAAUGUGCUCAUGUCAGAUAACUUUAAGGACUAAACUCAUGUGCAUACAGUAGCACAUUAUUUCAUAAGAGAGCUUGAAGAAGUAUACUGGUGAAUGGGAAAAUGAAUCAUCAAUUAAUAGAUGAUCAAUUUGACUAAGUUAUUAAAUCAUUUUGACCCCUAGAUCCUCAGUAUAGAGAAGUCUUUGGGGCCACAUUCACACACACCCUCUGUCUAAGGCUAAAGCAUAUGUGUGCAGUUGUGCUUCUGCUUGCUGGCUUCUUGGUAAUAGUUCUUGCUCCAUGUUUCCAGUCAGGGAAUGUUCACAACCAGCCCUAGUCUUUAUGGUCAUUACUUUUUAUUACUGGUCAAAGGGAAGGAAUACAAAGUAGUAUUCACUUUGUGUAAAAAGGGACUUAGAGAAUGUCUAGUCUUCGAGGAUUUCUAAACUCUGCGAUGGAGUAGAGGUGCCUGUUUCUUGGUCAUGACAAGCCUUGGUGAGUUGGUGUGUGGAAGUGCUUGAAUCUUGAAACAUCUGAGAUGAUUACAAAACAGAUACUGCAGAGUUUAUGUCUUUUACUAAAAGUUUCUUUUUUGGAUUUUUUCAAUGUGAUUAAAAGUUAGUGGACUGGUCAAUAGGAAAACUUGCAUCCCCAAAUGUUAAUAACAGAAUUACAAUAAUCUAAAAUUGGAAAUGUAUUAACUGAUUAGUUGACAAACAAAUGAGGUAUAUCCACACAAUGGGCAUUCAAUCAUGAAGAGAAAUCAAGUGCUGGUGUAUGCUAUGUGAUAAUCC